AUCUUGCCCUGAGGCCUUGUCUCCCUCCCUCUAGGGCAUUCGACCGGCGGAGCCCCUCAGGGCAGGAACCCAAUUGCCGAGGGCUGGGUCCCGGGGGCACUCUCAAGCGCCAAUUGGCCCAGGAGAGGUCCAUGCCAGCUGCCAGCACGACAGAGGCAUCCAUCUGUUUUAGAUACUCCUCACUGUGGUAUCUGGGGAAACUGAGGCACAGAGAUCAGGGCCAUAGUGCAGCAGGACCUUGAACCCAGGACUCCUAGCCCAGCCUGACAUCUGCCCCCCAGGCCAGACGGGGUCAGGGUCCAGCUGUGAGGUACCCCAAGACAGAGACAUCCCCUGCUGUGGGGGUAUUUCCCUACAGAUGUCGCUACCUCCUAGGGCCGUGCUGUCAGAGGUGCAGGGUGCUGUGCGUGGGGGCUUGCGGCAAACCAAACGGGGAUUAGGUGCCAUGCUUUGGACAGGGGACGGGAAGGACUGACGACUGUGAGCUCUGUGUCAGGGCAGCACACGGCGUGACAGGGCCCUGAUCUCGGUGACUCUGUGUCUGGGCAGCGCCGGCCUGACGGGGCACUGAUCUCGAGGACUCUGGGUCUGGGCAGGGCCCGGCCUGACGGGGCCCCGAUCUCGGUGACUUUGUGUCUGGGCAGCGCCUGGCGCAGAGACAGAGGACUGCCCAUCUGACCAGGUGGGCAGGGAGGUUGGCAGAGAGCAAGGUGUUUUGGGGAGGUGUCUGUGUGUGUAUCUAUUGUGUCUGUAGCUCUGAUUGUGUGCGGGGGGAGGGGUGCCCCCCAACCCCAUCCCCAUUCGCCACGGGGCCCAUGGCGGCCUCCCAGCUGGACUGCCUGGAGGACGCCCCUGCAGGGACCCCAGUGACUGAAUCCAGCCCCGAAUUCUUCUACUCGGAGGGGCAGCGGCUGGCUGUGGAGGCCUUGCUGGCCGGAGGGCAGUCGGCCUACGUGCAGUGCCUAGCGCAGGACAGGCUGCGCCCCUUCCUGUCCAACGACGAGCUCCGGCACCUGGCUGAGGCAGCCCAGGAUGUCCCAGAGCCAGCAGGGGAGUGCGAGGGGGAUGCCGACGAGCUCAGCCUCAGCUACUGGCCUGGGUGCUCGGAUGAGCCCAUCCCCGAACUGGAGCUGGGCUGGCCCCUGGAUGGGAACUGGAAGGGCAUCACCCGUGCGGAGGUCUACACCCAUCCGCCGGGGGAUGGAGCCCCCAAGGUCAAGGAGCUGGUGCGCAGGAAAAUUCAGCAGGCUGCCAAGGUGGUUGCCAUAGUGAUGGACGUCUUCACGGACCCCGAUAUCCUGCUGGACCUGCACGAGGCCGGCACGCAGCGCGGGGUCCCCGUCUACCUGAUUCUGGGGGAGGAGCACCUGGCCGCCUUCCUCAGCACGGCAGAGGGCGCCUGCCUCAACGUGCGCUACAUGGAGAACCUGCGGGUCCGGGUCAUUGCGGGCUGCACCUUCCGGAGCCGACAGCGCAAACAGAUCACUGGGACCCUGAAGGAGAAAUUCCUGCUGAUCGACGGGGACACAGUGAUAACGGGGAGCUACAGCUUCACGUGGAGCGGCCGUCUGAGCCGCCAGCUGGUGACGCUGCUGACGGGCGAGAUCUGCGGGCCUUCGACACGAGUUCCGGACCUUACGCCGCCUCCCGCCGCUGUCGCCGCCGGACUCCUGCCCAGCCUCGCCCACCCGCGACGGCCGCCCCCGCAGCCCGCCUACCCGCAGCGAACGGCGGCCUGCAGGCUGGUCAGAGCGCCACCGGGUGGCCGAGCGCCGCUCGCGUGCGCCCCCAGCACGUGGCAGGACGGGCCGCGACGCUAG